AAGUGUUUAACGUUAACUUCUCUCACGUUUUGGGCUUUUUAGUUUAGUAGAGUUUUAAACACUGAAUUUCCAUCAUUGCUGCUGAUUGAUGAAGAGCUGACGUGGCAGAUCUCCAGCCUAUAGAUCGCAGAACUAUUGAUUGCUGAUCAAACAAACACAUAAAAAAAUAAAAGAAUUCGGAGUUCUGCAGCCGCUGCGCGUGAUUGGAAGAAGAGGAGCGACGUGCGGAACUUGUGCUAGAAGCGCGAGAGGCGUGAACGGUUUAAGAUAAGUUACACGUGUGCAAGUGCAAGGGUCUCUCCCCCAUCCUAUAACCUCCUCAUCACUAUCCCAGUUCACUUAUUUUAUAGCUGCUCACUUUUAAGAGCUGCUGCUGGUGGUACUGGUGGUGCUGGCGGUGGUUGUUGGGGAGGAGUGGAACUUUCAGAACUCCUAAGUUCUCUCCUUUUUGUUUUUUGGUGCACUUUAUUAUUAUUUUUUAUUUUUAUUUUUAUUAUAUUAGCCGGGGCUCGUGCUCUUGUUUUCCCCCUCUUCAGUGAAGAUGUCGUGUCUGCUGCUGAGAGCGCUGAGAAGGCGGGAAGGAUUCAGCACGGCUGCAGUUGGGGUUCGAUCCCUGGCCUCUAUUCCCAGUCUCCCUCACGGUGUGUCUGAAUUCGUCUCUGAAGCCGCGGCAGAAUGUAAACCUGCUAAAGUGCACGUGGUGACCGGCACACCUGAGGAGACGGCAGAACUUUUGGCUGGAAUGGAAAAAGAUGGCAUGGUGAAGAAACUGACGAAAUAUCAGAACUGCUGGUUGGCGCGCACUGACCCUAAAGAUGUGGCUCGAGUGGAGAGUAAGACGGUGAUCGUGACCAAACAGCAGAGAGACACUAUUCCCAUUCCAGAGAACAACGUAAAGAGUCAGCUCGGCAACUGGAUGAGCGAGAGCGAAUUCCAGACAGCGAGAGAGGAUCGCUUUCCUUCCUGCAUGACAGGUCGGACGAUGUACGUUAUUCCUUUCAGCAUGGGUCCAGUUAACUCCUCGUUGGCGAAGUACGGCGUUCAGGUGACGGAUUCUCCGUAUGUGGUCGCCAGCAUGGGAAUAAUGACGCGUAUGGGCACACCGGUCAUGGAUAAACUCGCCCAGGGGGUGGAGUUUGUGCGAUGCCAACACUCAGUGGGUAGACCUCUGCCACUUAAAGCUCCGUUGGUGAACCAGUGGCCGUGUAAUCCAGAGAAGGUGUUGAUCGCUCAUCUCCCAGACAGCAGGAAGAUCAUGUCGUUUGGAAGCGGCUAUGGUGGAAAUUCUCUGCUUGGGAAGAAGUGUUUCGCUCUUCGGAUCGCCUCAAGAAUCGCCAAGGACGAGGGCUGGCUGGCUGAACACAUGCUGAUUUUGGGAAUCACAAAUCCUCAGGGUGUGAAACGGUACAUUGCAGCAGCGUUCCCGAGCGCCUGUGGAAAAACUAACCUGGCCAUGAUGAAGCCGGCUCUUCCAGGCUGGAAGGUGGAGUGUGUUGGAGAUGAUAUCGCCUGGAUGAAGUUUGACAGUCAGGGUAAACUCAGAGCCAUUAACCCAGAGAAUGGGUUCUUUGGCGUGGCUCCUGGCACCUCCGGGAAGACCAACCCUUACGCCAUGGACACCAUUUCUAAAAACACGGUUUUCACGAAUGUGGGCGAGACGAGUGAUGGUGGGAUCUGGUGGGAGGGUCUUGAUCCUCCUUCAUCUAACAUUGGUCUCACAGACUGGCACGGAAAGACCUGGAAGUUUGGUGCUUCAACACCGUGCGCUCAUCCUAACUCCAGGUUCUGCGCUCCGGCGGCACAGUGUCCCAUUAUAGAUCCUCUGUGGGAGAGUGAAGAGGGCGUGCCGAUCGAUGCCAUCAUUUUUGGUGGCCGAAGACCAGAAGGAGUGCCGCUGGUGUAUGAAAGCUUUAACUGGCGCCAUGGAGUGUUCGUUGGUGCUGCCAUGAGGUCUGAAUCUACAGCAGCAGCAGAACAUAAAGGUAAAGUGGUGAUGCACGACCCCUUUGCUAUGAGGCCUUUCUUCGGCUACAACUUUGGCGACUACCUUGCCCACUGGCUGAGCAUGGAGACGAGAAAAGGCCCGACUCAGCUCCCAAAGAUCUUCCACGUCAACUGGUUCAGGAAAGAUCCCAAAUCGAAUUCGUUCCUGUGGCCUGGGUUCGGAGAGAACGCUCGAGUCCUGGAGUGGAUCUUCGGCAGAUGUGGCCGAACCAGAGAAGAAGAAGCUGCUAAGAAGAGCAUCAUCGGCUGGCUGCCUGAAGAGGGCGCUAUCAACACCGAGGGCCUGGGAGCGAAAGUAGAUAUGGGGGCGCUGUUCGACCUUCCUAAACAUUUCUGGCAGAAAGAAGUUCAAGAGCUGCAGGCCUACUUUACGCAGCAGGUGGGGGCGGACCUACCUGAACAGGUGGCGGGAGAGCUCCGAGCCCUGGAGGAGAGAGUGAGGAAAUGAAAAAAGAGAUAUAAGCUAGUGAUUUAAAGUAUAUUACUUUAAUUUAUAGCGAGGGUCGAGUGAAAGAGAAGAGUAAUUCUCCACUAACACUAAAGAAUGACUAGUCACAUGAAGUAAUGCAUGAGAUAAUGCAUGAAUUUUGCUGACUGAAUGCAGGAAAUUGCUGUGAAUGGUGUUUUUUAAAAGCUGAACUGACUAAAUAAACCUCUUUGUCGCGUC